CACCUCUGCUCUUCCUCCUCUUCUUCCCCUAUCCAACACAAGCGUCCCGCCCCGCCGCCAUUAACAAUUGAGCUUCACAUCCACCUGAAAACAAAGUUGGUCACAAGCUCACCGUAACAAGUUGAAGUAGCUACACCGUCUGCACGGUGUCUCCUCCAAUGGCGCUCCAAGCAUCAUCGCCCUCUGCGUUCCUCGCCGUGCCGACCACAGCCCGCGCUUCUUGCCGGCGGCAGUUCCAUGUGCGCGCGAGCGCUGCCCCGGCGGCUGGCGGCGACGGGAAGGUGAUGAUGAGGAAGGAGCCGACGGUGGCGGCGGCGCCGGCGCCGCGGAAGAUCGACUAUUCCCUGGAGAAGCCGGAGACGCCGCUGCUCGACACCAUCAACUUCCCCGUCCACAUGAAGAACCUCUCCACCCCGGACCUGGAGCAGCUGUCUUCGGAGCUCCGGGCGGAGAUCGUGCACACGGUGUCCAAGACGGGGGGCCACCUGAGCGCGAGCCUGGGCGUGGUGGAGCUGUCCGUGGCGCUGCACCACGUGUUCGACACGCCGGACGACAAGAUCAUCUGGGACGUGGGCCACCAGUCCUACCCGCACAAGAUCCUCACGGGCCGGCGCUCCCGGAUGCACACGAUCCGCAAGACCUCCGGCCUGGCGGGCUUCCCGAAGCGCGACGAGAGCGCGCACGACGCGUUCGGCGCCGGCCACAGCUCCACGAGCAUCUCCGCCGCUCUCGGCAUGGCCGUGGCCAGGGACCUCCAGGGGAAGAAGAACCACGUCAUCUCCGUCAUCGGCGACGGCGCCAUGACGGCCGGCCAGGCCUACGAGGCCAUGAACAACUCCGGCUACCUCGACUCCAACAUGAUCGUCGUCCUCAACGACAACAAGCAGGUCUCCCUCCCCACGGCCACCAUGGACGGCCCCGCCAAGCCCGUGGGCGCGCUCAGCAAGGCGCUCACCAAGCUCCAGUCCAGCACCAAGUUCCGGAAGCUCCGGGAGGCCGCCAAGACGAUAACAAAACAGAUCGGGGGUUCCACCCACGAGGUCGCCGCCAAGGUCGACGAGUACGCCCGCGGCAUGAUCAGCGCUACGGGUUCCUCCCUCUUCGAGGAGCUCGGGCUCUACUACAUCGGCCCCGUCGACGGCCACAGCCUCGAGGACCUCGUCACCAUCUUCCAGAAGGUCAAAUCCAUGCCGGCCCCGGGCCCCGUCCUAAUCCACAUCGUGACCGAGAAAGGCAAGGGUUACCCGCCCGCCGAAGCCGCCGCCGACAAGAUGCACGGGGUCGUCAAAUUCGACCCUGUCACCGGGAAGCAGUUCAAGACGAAAUCCCCGACGCUGUCCUACACGCAGUACUUCGCGGAGUCGCUGAUCCGGGAAGCCGAGGCGGACGAGAAGGUGGUGGCGAUCCACGCCGCCAUGGGCGGCGGCACGGGGCUGAACUACUUCCAGAAGCGGUUCCCGGAGCGGUGCUUCGACGUGGGGAUCGCGGAGCAGCACGCGGUGACGUUCGCGGCGGGGAUGGCGGCGGAAGGGAUGAAGCCCUUCUGCGCAAUCUACUCGUCCUUCCUGCAGAGGGGUUACGACCAGGUGGUGCACGACGUGGACCUGCAGCGGCUCCCGGUCCGGUUCGCCAUGGACCGGGCCGGGCUCGUGGGCGCAGAUGGGCCGACCCACUGCGGGGCCUUUGAUGUGACCUACAUGGCCUGCUUGCCCAAUAUGGUGGUCAUGGCCCCCGCCGACGAGGCCGAGCUGAUGCACAUGGUGGCCACGGCCAACGCUAUUGACGACCGGCCCAGCUGCUUCCGGUUCCCGAGGGGGAACGGCGUCGGCGCCGUGCUUCCGGCGAACAAUAAGGGGAUCGCGGUUCAGAUCGGGAAAGGGAGGGUGCUUGUUGGGGGGAACCGGGUGGCGCUGCUUGGGUAUGGGACCAUGGUGCAGGCGUGCGUCAAGGCGGCGGAGAUGCUCAAGGAGCACGACGUCUUCGUCACCGUCGCCGAUGCCCGGUUCUGUAAGCCGCUGGACACGCAGCUGAUCCGGGAUCUCGCCGCCGAGCACGAGAUCCUUAUUACGGCGGAGGAGGGGUCCAUAGGGGGAUUCGGAUCGCACGUCGCGCACUACCUCGGCCUCAGCGGCCUCCUCGACGGCCACCUCAAGCUGAGAUCGAUGUUCCUGCCGGACAGGUACAUCGACCACGGCGCGGCGGAGGACCAGAUGGAGGAGGCUGGGCUCACGCCGAGGCACAUCGCCGCCACCGUGCUGUCCCUGCUCGGUCGCCCAUUGGAGGCGCUCCAGCUCAAGUAAAAUCAAGCAAUCCACGCCAGGAGAUUAGCAGAUAAAAUAAAAACCAGCCAAGGAGAGAUUCAGAUACAUCUGGAGAUAGAACAGAUGUGAUGCUGCUGCUCCCUAGCUAAUCUAACCACAAAUCACAGUCAGAUGGAUCUUGGAAGGGCUUGGCCAGUAGGCAACAAUGCUACGACUGCACUAGCUAGGUAGCUGGCAGAAUUUUCUUGGCCUGUUUCAAUGCUUCCAAGAGGAGAAGGAGAAGCUGGGGGAUUAAUUUGCUUUUGAGGAGGAGGAUAUUCCUUGUCAGUGACAUACGCAUCUUCUUCUCUUGGGUUUUGUACAGAUAUAUCUAAUUGCAAGUUUAAAUAAUGAAACUAUGUAAUGUAAUGUAUACUCUGUGCUUAGUCUAUGGAGAAAGAAAUUAAGAAUGAUUAAUUACCAUUAA